AUGAGCCAUGAAGUACCAAAUAAUCCGCUGGACCCAGCCCCGGCAACCGAUCCUGAUGAUCUCCUCCCCCUCCACAUGACCGCGGACUCCUGUGCUGACGCUGCGGCUACAGCCACCUCCCGGAAGCGGUCGUACCGGCGGAAUCGCAAAAGUCGCCUUCCGCCAGACUGGACCGCCGCGGAGAGGGCUCAGCUCGCGGGCCUGUCGGGUCUAGACUGGAAACGCGAGUAUAUGCGGAUCAAACGGGAUCGAGAAUGGUCGUCAUCAGCCGGACCGUCAGAGGGGUCACUGGCCAAGAAUGCUCGAUCCGUCACGGAGACUCUGAGCCUAUUCACGGAAAUGGCAUCUUACCGACCCCACAUCUACGUCAUGAAACCGCACAAGGGCAGGGGGAUCGAUCGGUCAAAGACACGGCCGAGCAGUCUCCGAACGAUGAAGGAGAAGAUUGACGACGACAGAUCCCAUAUGACAUCCAUGACAGCGAUCCACCACAUUUUCUACUCAGACCCGACAAGCAGCCACCGUGCGAAAGUGAAGACAAAGGGAGGUAGUGAAUUUGAGACGUGGAAAGAGGCUCAGUGCAAAGAGGGUCAGGAUGUGGUCACCCUUACGGAAUGGAUGGCGGGACUCAGGCCACAAGGCAGUGAAGGGGGGAAAGGCGACAAAGGAAGGAUCUGCCGUACCAGCGCCGAGUGGAACGUAUCGGCCUGUGAGCGAAUGGGAGGAUGCCGGGGCAAGCGACAAUGA